UCCUCUCAGGGGUCCUACUUAGUCCGGUUUAGAACGGAUGUCUUUUCGGGAGGGAAACUUGGCUGGGUUUUUUUUUUUGUCCCGGGUCUAGCACGGUUCUAAUAGAAGUGUCUAGAAAGUCACGAAGCGGCCUGGCGUUCACGAGAUUCCUCCUUACCUUUAGGAUCAGCGGUCAUGUCUGGCAUAGCUCUGAGUCGACUUGCACAAGAGCGGAAAGCAUGGAGGAAAGAUCAUCCUUUCGGCUUCGUUGCCGUUCCAACUAAGAACCCUGACGGUACGAUGAACCUGAUGAAUUGGGAGUGCGCCAUUCCGGGGAAGAAAGGGACCCCAUGGGAAGGAGGUCUGUUUAAGUUAAGGAUGCUCUUCAAAGACGAUUACCCAUCAUCCCCUCCGAAAUGUAAAUUCGAGCCGCCGCUGUUUCAUCCGAACGUGUACCCAUCGGGAACUGUGUGUCUCUCCAUUUUAGAGGAGGACAAAGACUGGAGACCUGCUAUCACGAUCAAACAGAUUCUGUUGGGAAUCCAGGAGCUUUUAAAUGAGCCCAAUAUUCAGGACCCGGCCCAGGCUGAGGCUUAUACCAUAUAUUGUCAGAACAGAGUGGAGUAUGAGAAGAGGGUCCGAGCACAAGCCAAAAAGUUCUCUCCCUCGUAGACAGAGGGAUGGAUAAUUCAGUGGGAAUGUGUCAGCACUCGUUUAUUUUCCGUCUUCUUCCUCCUCCCCUUUCUUGCUGGGACUGAAAGGACUUGACGUGAUGUCUGUGCCAUCUGCCCCAACCCCACAGGCCCCACCCCUUGAUAGUGAUGUCACAAACACAGCCCCUGCCCCCUGACAACUCCUCAGCAGGACAGUCCCUGCCUCGCUUUAUCGUCGGCCAAUCAGAAAUGGACCUCAUUUAUUUCCCCUUCCCCCCCGCCAGUCAACGCAAACGUGGAGUGACUGAAUGAAAACUAUUAACUUUCUGUGUACGUAUCGUGAGUGUGAGUGUGUGUGUGGGUGUGUGCAUGUAUGUUUCUUCUUAUUUUAAUGUCAAUUUUCCCUUCUUUGAUCAUUUUCCUCCAUGAUAAUGAGUGCUCGAGAGCGUGUGCGUGUUCAGUAGCUCGGCUAAGAUCUCUACAGCGUAAUACUGGGUGGAAUGAUCUUGCUUUCUCGCACUUCACUCCAUCUUCAACACAGUAAAAUUAGUUCUUAAAAAUAUUGUAAAAAAACAAGAUUAGCGUAAGAGUUAAAUCAGCUGCGGUGAUUCCGCUGUGCCGGUCUGUACCGAGCGGCUGCCACUCCGCCGCACGCGAACGCUGGUUUAAGUUGACUAAUCGUAAAUUUGGGAUCAUUGUAGGGUCAGACUUACUCAUACUCACCAGGAUAGCUUUUUUUUUUGUUUUGUUUUGUUUUUCAUUCGUUUUUGUUUAUGAUGGGAACAUGUGUCCUGCGUUCUUUGUUGGUUUAAUAAAGAUCUUUCUACAAAA